UGAUGCAGUUUGAACGUGGAUUUAUUUGCUCCGAGGAAUCAAAUAGUUUUGCUUACCUAUUCUGUCUUAGUCAAAAUAAAGUUCAAGUUGUAAUUUGUACUUCAGCAUCGUGAGAAAAACGUUCGAUGAAGUGCAAGUGUGUCUGGUGAUAAAGGCGGUAUUUACAAAUACUAAUCACUCAAAUAUAUGUAGUCAGCAAAUGUUAAUAUGAAUAGUGAAAACAUUUCCAUAUGUGAGAAGAUUGUGUCGCCAUCCUACGUUCGCCAGGGGUCACAGGCACGACGCAGUCAUGAACAACUUAUUAGAAUGCUUUUGGAACAGGGCAAAUGUCCAGAGGAGGGAUGGAGUGAGAGUACAAUAGAACUUUUCCUAAAUGAACUAGCUGUCAUGGACAGCAACAACUUCUUAGGAAACUGUGGCGUAGGCGAAAGAGAAGGCAGAGUGGCCUCUAGUCUGGUGGCCCGACGACAUUACAGGUUAAUUCAUGGUAUAGGACGGUCUGGUGAUAUUGCUGCAAUACAACCCAAGGCUGCUGGUUCCAGUUUGCUGAACAAGCUGACUAAUUCUGUUGUGCUGGACGUUUUGAAACUGUCAGGUGUGCGAAGUGUGGCCAGUUGUUUCGUAGUUCCAAUGGCAACAGGGAUGAGCCUGACACUAUGCUUCCUAACACUUCGCCUCAAGAGACCAAAGGCGAGCUAUAUCAUCUGGCCCCGCAUUGAUCAGAAGUCCUGCUUCAAAGCCAUGAUCACUGCAGGGUUUGAACCCGUGGUGGUUGAGAAUGUUUUGGAAGGAGAUGAGCUCAGAACCGAUCUGGAGGCGGUGGAACGUAAGGUAGAAGAGCUGGGAUCGGAGAACAUCCUUUGUGUCCACUCCACUACUUCCUGCUUUGCCCCUCGUGUCCCAGACAGAUUGGAGGAGCUAGCCAUUAUGUGUGCCAAAUAUGACAUCCCCCAUGUUGUCAACAAUGCUUAUGGAGUGCAGUCAUCCAAGUGCAUGCACCUUAUUCAGCAGGGUGCUCGUGUUGGGAGAAUUGAUGCCUUUGUGCAAAGCCUUGACAAAAACUUCAUGGUUCCAGUAGGUGGUGCCAUAAUUGCUGGCUUCAAUGAGUCUUUCAUUCAGGAGAUCAGCAGAAUGUAUCCAGGUCGAGCGUCAGCCUCGCCAUCCCUGGAUGUACUGAUCACACUGCUUACCCUGGGGGCCAGCGGCUACAAGAAACUCCUUGCAGAGCGGAAGGAGAUGUACACCUAUCUGGCGCAGGAGCUGAACAGACUUGCUGAGGCUCAUGGAGAGAAACUGCUGCACACCCCACACAAUCCUAUAUCACUAGCAAUGUCUUUGGAUGGCCUCCAGGCACAGUGUGACAAGGCUGUGACGCAACUGGGCUCCAUGUUGUUCACGAGGCAGGUAUCUGGUGCAAGGGUGGUUGCUCUUGGCAAUGAACAGAUAGUUAGCGGCCAUACGUUCUCCGGCUUCAUGUCCCACUCGGAGUCCUAUCCAUGCCCAUAUCUAAAUGCUGCCUCAGCAGUGGGAAUUACAAGAGAUGAUGUGACACUAUGUAUCAAGAGACUUGACAAGUGCCUGAAGAGCCUUAGAAAGGAAAGCAGUGCUAGAAGUAGUUCACCAUUACCUCUCACAGGUCAAGGGGAGAAUGAAGAUCAUUUUGGAGAAUAAAGAAGUAAAAAAGAUGAGGGGUAAGAAAUGCUCACUGAUGUUUGAUUUUGUCAUCUAACUACUUGCACUGUCUUCUAUACUACUUGUCUUCUCACCACUUGCAUUAUUUUUUUUUAUGAACAUUUUGAGAACUUUACUCUUUUCCAUAAAAAGAAAACACAUUUAUUUUGAAGAAUUCAUUAAAUAAAAUAAAGACCCACUCCCUUCAUGAAGCAGAGUUGUUUCAUGCUUUAAAUUUACUUUCUGAAGAUAUAUAUAAACCUCUCAUUUUGAAGAUAUGAAAUUGACUAACAAAUCAGUUGUAAUUCCAUUAAGAAAAAAUGUAAGGCACCAAAACAUGACAUCUAAAUUGUUGGUGCAAUUAAUAUUUAGUUUUUGUGACAGCUAACUGUCACUGAUGCUAACAGAUAAUUGGAUUUUCUGAUGGAGACAAGUCCGCCUACAGGUGGGAGACUGACCAUCUUGUAUCCUAGUGCAGUCAGAAUAACUUGGAGCUCAAUGCCCAAAAGACAAUGGAGAUGAUAGUGGACUUCAGGGGUCUGUUUUCAGUGAAAUGUUUGCUCUGAAUUGAAGUAGGUUUUCUAAUCAAUGAGUUACCAUUAUCCACAUGUCAAUAUUUAGUUUUUUGCUGCUCCAUGUUUUCUAUGGAAACUUGCCUGGUAAAAUAACAGUAAAAGUUUGGUAGGUCAUUACAGGGCAUAAAACAUUCAAUCCACAUCAUAGCCAUAUCUGCAAUUGUAAAACUAUAUAACCUUAUUAGGCUAAUAUUUGCAUAAAAACUUUACAUUACCCUACCAAUUGUUGCUUCCAUAUACUUGAACUCAUUCUACUGCUGUCAUCAUUUGUUAGAUCAAUACAGAUGAGUGAGCCAGUUCCAAAGGCAGCCAUGCAUGCCCAUGUCAUGACACUCCCUCCACCAUGCUUUACAGAUGAGGUAGUAUGCUGUACUGGCUGAUCUCUUUUAUUUUUAGCAAAUUCUUAUCUGGCCUUUCUGAUUUGGGUACUGAUCAGAGGAUUGCAUAUUCCAGUGUAGCCUUUGUAAUUCUGUUGCCGGCUGGGGGAUGAGGGUAACACAACAAUAGAUUAUUACCCUCAUACCCCAGCAUUGUGGAGGUUAUUGGUGAUUUUACUGGCACUGAUUUUAGGUUGGUUUUUCACAACUCUGUUCAUUUUUCUACCAUUAACUGCUGUUGUUUUCCAUGGCCAGUCUUGUGUUUGCCAAAAGCUGAAGACACCAGUGGGUUAAUUCUGUCAGCAUAUUCCAAACUGUUAAUAUGGCUAUGCGCAACCUUUGUGCUAUGGUUUUGAGUUUCUCUUUUCUUUUAGCAUCACAAUCACAUGCUCUUAUUUCAUAGGCAGCACCUUAGUCAAGUUGGAUAAUGCCUAUUGACACCAAACCCAUACAGCGAACCCGGAAGGGAAAAGCAAAGGAUAGAACUGAGACUGACAUUUACAGCUCUUAUGUGUGAACAAUCAAUCAAGGACCAAAAAUACUCAACAGGUUUUGUUAAACCACUGACUUAUUAUUGCACUUCAUUAUGUUCAUCUGUUAGUGGUGUAUUUAUCUCAUAAUAUUGCUAUUACAAGGUUUGGCAAGGACUUUUUGUUGCCUCACUGAACACAGAAAUGAUUUGCAAAAGCUAGACAUAUUCCAAGUGACCAAUGUAAUCGAAAAAAUGGUAAUCUAUCAAAUAGGUUUAACCACCUGGAAUUGUGACUUAGUACAGUAUAUCUUGGUAAAACAUGCCGUACUGUCUGAAAUAUUGUGCUAUGUUUUCUCCUUGUAUAAAUAAAGCAAUUCACGUUGAA